GCUGAUGCGACACACUAAGUACAGCUGGCACUGAAACCAAGAUAUCACUAACCUAGCAAGCAGCUUGAAAUCAUGUCGAACGUUGCAUCAUCCCCUCUACUAUCUCAGGGCCCCGCUGUAGGAGCUCCCAGCUCUCAGCUUAGUGACUUCAAUUUGGAUGAUGAUACGAUGAAUCCACAGACUAAUAAUACCCAAUCUUCUUUCUUUGGUGGUGGGCCUUCCAGUGAUGCACCCACAGGAGCACGUGGUGUAAGAGCCGAACAGUCAGAUUUGGCCACAGGUGGUUCGGAUACUGCUCACAGAAUCCGUGUUAACGCAGGUGUCUCGAAUAUACCAAAAGUGGAAGAUAAGAUAUCGGAAACUGUUCAAGAGUCAUUUGAGGAAUUCUUGGAAAACUUCAAAGUGGACUCCGAUGACGAUGCAUAUGAUCCUCAUUUUGAGGGUAAACUAUACCUUGAGAGGGUCGCUAAGAUGGUCAACGAUGAUAGCACUCUACUCAAUAUUGAUUUCAAGCAUCUCCAGUCUUACCAAAACGGUAUCCUUGCUGCCGCCAUUACAGAACAGUUUUACAGAUUUUUGCCAUUCCUUCAAAACGGUUUGCGUCAUAUUGUCUCACAGCACCAACCACAAUUCUUACGACGUCAAGUCUCUAGCGCUGCGUCGGACGAAGCUUCUAAAACUAUCGAACAUAAUUUCCAGAUUUCAUUUUACAAUUUGACCGUCGUUCACAGGAUUAGAGAGUUAAAAGCAGAGAAUAUAGGUAUGUUGAUGGCUAUAUCUGGUACCGUAACAAGAACAAGUGAGAUCAGACCAGAAUUAUACAAAGCGGCUUUUACAUGUGACAUAUGCAAAGCUCUAAUCACCAACAUUGAACAGACGUUUAGAUACACGGAGCCUACGUCUUGCAUCAAUAGUACGUGUGUGAACCAGUCUGAAUGGACUUUGAACAUUUCCAAAUCCCAAUUUCUAGAUUGGCAGAAAGUCAGGGUCCAGGAAAAUUCUAAUGAAAUACCCAACGGUUCGAUGCCUCGUACACUCGAUAUAGUUUUGCGAGGUGAAUUGGUGGAUAGAGCUAAACCAGGAGAUAAGUGUAAAUUUACUGGUACAGAAAUAGUCAUCCCCGAUGUCUCACAAUAUCAACUUCCCGGAGUAAGACCUGCUACUGUUCGUAGUAGAGGUGCUGGGCCUGCUGAUUCCUUGACCGGCGGUAUCUCGAUGAGGUCUUUGGGUGCUAGAGAUUUGACUUAUAAAAUUGCUUUUCUUGGAUGCCACGUUAACUCUUCCUCUGGUAAGGAGCUUGAAGAGGCAGAAGAUGAAGGAACAUCAUUGGAAAACUUUCUUUCUAAUUUAACGCCCUCCGAGGUUAACGAAUUAAGAGAUAUGGUUUCUGACAGAAAUGUCUACUCUAAAUUAGUCCAGUCUAUUUGUCCCACCGUAUAUGGGCACGAGGUGGUUAAAAAGGGUAUUAUUCUUCAGCUUUUGGGGGGUGUUCACAAAAAGACUGUAGAAGGAAUCAAUUUGAGAGGUGAUAUCAAUGUUUGUAUUGUUGGUGAUCCCUCAUGUGCCAAAUCCCAGUUUUUGAAGUGGGUCAACAGUUUUGCACCAAGAGCUGUUUAUACGUCGGGUAAGGCAUCAACCGCUGCAGGUUUGACUGCAACGGUUGUGAAAGAUGAAGAGAGUGGCGAGUUCACUAUUGAAGCAGGUGCGUUGAUGUUGGCAGACAAUGGUAUCUGUUGUAUCGAUGAAUUCGAUAAGAUGGAUAUCGCUGACCAGGUUGCCAUUCAUGAAGCUAUGGAACAACAAACAAUUUCCAUUGCAAAAGCUGGUAUUCACGCCACUUUGAAUGCCAGAACCUCGAUUCUUGCAGCUGCAAAUCCUAUCGGUGGUCGUUAUAACCAAAAGGUCGGAUUGCGCAGCAAUUUGAGUAUGACUGGUCCCAUUUUGUCAAGAUUUGACCUAUUUUUCGUUAUAUUGGACGAGUGUAAUGAAAAAGUGGAUACUCAGUUGGCUACCCAUAUUGUGAAUCUACACUUGUUCAGAGAUGAGGCAUUGAACCCCCCAUAUUCCAAGGAACAAGUCCUAAGGUAUAUUAAAUACGCAAAGAAUGUCAAGCCAAAACUCACUCCGGAAGCCAGAGCAUAUUUGAUUGAAAGAUACAAAGAAUUACGUAUUGACGAUAGUCAAGGUGGACGAUCUAGUUAUCGUAUUACUGUCAGACAAUUAGAAUCUCUUAUUCGUUUAUCCGAAGCAAUUGCACGUGCCAAUUGUAAGGACGAUGUUACUCCAACCUUUGUUGCUGAAGCUUAUGACUUGUUGAAGCAAUCCAUUAUCAGAGUUGAAAAGGAAGAUUUAGAUCUAGAUGAUGAUCAAGAUGAUAUUAGUGGUGGUGAUGAUGAUAAUAACGACCAAGGUGAUAAUGGUGAUGAUGAUGGGCUUGGUGAAGGCAACAUGAACAAUGAAGAUGAAGAUGGACGUGAACAGAUGCUGGAGCAAAGUCAAGGAGCAAAAAGACCUAAAGGAAAACGUUCUAAUAAUAUUCCAUACAGCGUCUUCAUCAAUCUUCGUAAUGUUUUCUUGGAACGUAUCAAAGACAAAGAGGCUGAUUCUGCGAUCGUUGCUGAAGAAGAAGGUACUCAUGAUGAAGGGCCAAGCGGGUAUACUCAAAAAGCUUUGUUGGACUGGUAUAUGAAUGCUAUAGAAGACCAACUUGAAUCGGUCAGUGAAUACUGGGAUGAAUUGAAGAUUGCGAAAAAAGUGUUGAAUAAACUUGUGAAAGACAAUAUCUUAAUGCGUGUCAAUCCUGAUCCGACCGAUUUUGACGAAAACGAGAUUCCGGCUGAUUUGGUUAUCACUCCAAAUAUGUCCGUGGAAGAGAAAGAGAGGCUCACUAACGAACAAAACAACUGGAGGAGACGUCAAAAGAGAGAAUUGAACAAAAAGUUGGUUUAUAUUAUUCAUCCAAAUUGCUCCAUAGAGGAUCUACUUGGUGAAGUUGACGAAGAAGUAGAAGUACAGGAAGACUGAUCUACUCAAUUCUACUAAAUUAAACUUCUGUAUUACUAUAAAUUUUCUACUUGAUAAAUUAAACCUAAAUUACAACUUAGGGACUAGCUCCUUAUUCACUCUCCGAUACCACCAAUCUAUACCUAUUUGACCCUUCUGACAAUCAUAUUUAUUCACCAGGAGAAUGUUGUCCCACAAAACAUCGUAUAAAAAGUAGACGUCCUGACUGCCUACUAAAUUAUCUAUUUGAUGUU